AUGGCGGGCGUGGCCACCGCACACUCGUCUGAUGCCCUGCCAUCAACAGAUCAUUCGCAAUGGGAGUUCUCCGUGCCGAUAGGUAACGAUAGCGCUUCACAUUCCUCACGACCCCGCAACUCCCACGAUUCCAAUUCUGUGCGAGUACGCUCCAGCCGAACACGAAAUUCCAAUGGCUCACGCAGCUCCUCCGUCUCCCGCAAUGUCCACGCCCACGAUUCAUCUUACAUGAACUCCAGCCGGAACCGACACGAGCGAAGCCUCAAUCGCCAAGGAAACGAUAUCAGCAACGCGCGGGAUGUCCGUGGACGCGAUGCCGCCGCUAUCAUGAUCGCUGCCGAGGGAGAGGAGGACGAUCAGGAUGAAAUGAAUAGUGAAAACUGGAUUCACCGGGAUAAACUUGCCAAAAUUGAGAGCGAGGAGCUGCAGCAGAUCAUCCGACUCCAGCGACGCAUGACUGAGACCAAGUCAGAGAGUGGACGCGAACGCAGCCAUGAGUCUCGCCAAGGCGGCAACCCAGCAACAGCGCAGAGUGAGGAUUACUCUGAACCGUGGCCCCAGCUUCAGGAGACACAAAACACAGACGAUCAGUACGGAGAGGAGAGGACCGAGUGGGAUCUCCGCCGACCGUCGGUGGUUGCGGCGGACGAGGCAGCGACAGGGAUCUAUUCAAACACGGCCUUGCGCAAGAGUUCUUCACGGAUCCCCAUUGUAAGCCCUUCAGUCCAAGGCCGUGACUCGCGCGGGCCUCGGAGCCGAGCAGCAACCGAGGAAGGUGAGGAGGAGUCUCGUGGCCGCAGAGCGAGUGAACCUGGGGCUGGCACAGAGCCCAAUACGGCCGAUGAACCCACCACUCCGCUACCUGACAGUCGACCAGCCAGCCGUGGAUUCGGCACGACGCCCAACACCCCGAAGAAGACGCCAGCUAAAGCGGGAUCUGCUACCCGCAAGACUUCGGCACCACCUAACAACCGAAAGACCUCUACUGCACGAUCGCGCGCCGUCUCCGGCAACACCACGCAGCGCCCUACAACUCGCUCUGGUGAGAGCCGCCCGACAACUGCAGUCAACAGACCUGAAGGAGAUCCACCGUGGCUGGCCACAAUGUAUAAGCCAGACCCCCGCCUUCCUCCCGAUCAGCAAAUUCUUCCCACCGUUGCCAAGAAGCUGCAGCAAGAACAAUGGGAGAAGGAAGGCCGUACGCCUACUACAUACGACCGUGACUUCGCUCCUCUAGCCGUUCAUCCGAACGACGAACCCCCCAUACCUCCCAAGGAAGAGCCAGAGGAAGAGCGUAUUGAACCGCCUCCCAAGGCGAAAACUCCAGAGCCGCCUCGUCCGGAAACCAGGUCGGGAUACAGUACCAUGCCUAAGGUGCAAGAUACCCCUCCCCUGGGACUGACUCCCAACCCUAACUGGACUCCUCCGAUCGUGACUGCACAGGAGAAGCCGAAGAAGGAGAAGGGAUGCGGUUGCUGCGUCGUUAUGUGA